AUGGGUGUGUGAGAGUAGGGGGUGUCCACUGGGUGGUGGGCAUGCAAGGUUGGGGGGUGCCCACAGGGUCUUGGGUGUGCCCACAGAGUGAUGGGCAUAUGAGGGCCAGGAGUGCCCACAGACAGCAGGCAUACCAGGGCCAGGGGUGCCUGUGGGGUGGUGGGCCUGCAAGGGGUACCCGUGGGGCAAUGGGUGUGCGAGGGCAGUGGGGGAUGGCGGGUGUGUGAAUGGGGGUGAGGCGUUGGACUCCCUGUCUUCACCUGGCGCUGGAGCUAAUGCCCGUCCCUCCUCGCAGGUGCCCCGCGGCCCCGCACCCAGCUCUGCAGCCAAGUGGUCAGCCGCUCCUCCUCACUGGAGUCCAUCCCCUACCGCCUCUCCAGCACCCCCAGCUGGCCGGUGAGUCACCCGCGUGCCCCUUGGGGAGUGGGAGGCCUGUGGGGGGGGCCUGGGGACUUACACAGGGUAUGGGGGGCAUGAGGGCCGUGCAGGAGCUGGGGGCCAUGUGGGGUGUGUGGGUGCCUGGGACCACAGGAGCUGUGGGGGAGCAUGGGGGGGCUGCCCGGGCACCCCACUCUGACUCACUCCAUCUCUCCUUUUCCCAGCAGGCUGCAGGAGCUGCCCAAACCCCCACUGGCUCCAGCAUCGCCACCCCGUCUCCAGCCUCCACCCAAAGCCUGUCCUACUGGGCCUCCUCCUCCUCCAACCAGACCCCUGGGCUGGGCACCUUCCCCUUGCGCCCCCCUGGGCAGGGGCCAGUGGAAGGUGAGGCUGGGCAGGGCCGGGGCCCCCCCACGCUGGCACCGAGCAUCUUCGCAGGUGAGCCAGGGGGAUGAGACACAGGACCCACAAUGGCAGCCAGGACCCCCAACUCAGCCAGCCCCACACCCCGUCCUGGGAGACCUGGGGAGGGAUGGGAAUGAGAGGUCAGGGGAUGCCCCUCCCAGCCCAUAGCAGGGUCCACAGGGCAUCCCCAAUCUGCCCCACUAACCCCUCCCAUCUGCCUAACAGAUCUGAGAGAGAGGGGCACCCCUCGGGGGAGCCAAAGCGCAGAGAGACCAAGACCCAUACAGGUGAGGGGGGGCAGGGGAGACUGGAUUCGGAGGUGGGGUAGGGGUCAAGCUGGGGGGCUGAACAGGCUGGGGGUUAAGCUGGAGGGUGCGCAGGAGCAGAGUGGGCUGGGGAUGGGGGGCUCAGAUUUAGGAUGUCUGUCUGCAGCAUUCUGGGUAAUUUCUUCUCUCCCCCAGCUAAGGUUCACCCCCCAGCUCAUCCCCUCCCAGCAUGGCAGGUGAGUGAGACUGGAUUACGGGGUCAUCCCCCACACAGAGGGGUCUGACAGAGGGGAGCCCAGAGGGUGGCAACGACCCUAGACAGAGGGGUCUGGGGGAGGGGGCCUCAGAAUGGGGUGAGCCCCCAAAAGAGGGGUCUGGGGAGGGGGGGCUCAGAGGGGAGGGACCCCUCCCAGGGGCUGUUCUGUCUCUUCACUAGGAUUCUCUCCCCGCAGGCCCCCCAGUGCCAGCCGGGCCCCCCAGCUGUAGCAUGUGGGGCACAGAAACUGCCCAGGCUCCCCAGCACCCAACGGACUCUGCCCCUGCAGCCCCCUAGGGACCGGAGUGACUGUGCCGGGGUGCGGUGGGAGGUACAGCUAGGGGAGCCUCCCCACCCUGUCACACUCCCUAACAGCCCCCCCAUACUACCCCCGCUGGCCCGGCCCAGGGGUCCCCCAUUCCUCCAACUCCCCAUGCACCUGCCUCCCCACCCAGCCAGCCCCAGGGCCAGGCCUGUUAUCCCCACCCCCCAGCUGGGAUCAGAGACACUUGGGGGCACCCCACUGGAGCCCAGACUCCCCCGCAGGUUGACAAUAAAUGUUGGGCUUUUCCAACUGGGGUGUUGCGUGUUUUGGGGGAAAGAACUGAGACUCAGCUGUAACCCCCCUGCCCCUUACCCUGGGGGGAUGUAACCCGAUUCCCUGCCCCCCAGCCGCUCUUCCC